AUGGAGGCCCUAACCGAGGAGGUUCGCAGACUGGUCAAGUCUGGCGACGAAAAAACCCGCAAGGACGUGUUGGAUGCACUAAGCAAGUUGAGUGCUUCGAUUGAAUCCCCCGACGACACAGGACAGCGAAUCACUUUCUACAACAUGCAACUGGCGGGGAUUCGCAUCGGGAUUGAUCUAAAGCUAUUCGAAGUGCUCACCCAGUCCGAGACUCCACUUACCGUCGACGACCUAAGCAAGAAGACGGGUGCCAACCCAGUUCUUUUGGGCCGGAUCCUGCGGUACUUGGCCUCAUACUAUGCAGUCGAGGAAGUGUCGAAAGAUACGUUCACCGCGUCACGUAUGUCCAAAACAUUUGCUGAUUCUGGCUUCCAGGCCGGGAUUGGCCACAUGUUCAACACUUGUGGUCCGAUCAUCCAGGAGCUUCCUGCCUGGUUGAAGGAGAAUCACUACCCGGAUAUUCAGGAUAGCUUGAAAACCCCCUUCCAGAAGGCAAUGAAGACGGAUCAGCCUGCAUUUAUCUGGUUACAACAGCAGCCGGAGAACCUCGCAUAUUUUAACGAGUACAUGAAGACGAAUCGAGCUGGUAUGCCGACUUUUCUAGACGUUUACCCCGUUCUUGACAGAGCCACCAACCUUGGUCCUGAGCGGGCCUUAUUUGUCGAUAUCGGUGGAGGUGUUGGCCAUCAGGCGGUUGCUUUUAGGCAACUUUACCCUCAACUACAAGGCCGGGUGAUCGUCCAGGACCUUGCCCCGACCUUGGAACGUGCACUGGCACAUCCUGAGAUAGAGAAAAUGCCGUACGACUUCUUCAAUCCGCAGAUUGUCCAAGCCAAAUUCUAUUAUCUGCGAAAUAUAUUCCAUGACUGGCCCGACCAUAAAUGUCGGGAAAUAUUGAACAAUACCCUUGAGGCCAUGGCGCCGGACUCAUAUCUCUUGGUCGAUGACAUGGUUCUUCCAAACACCGGUGUACACUGGCAGCAGGCACAACUGGAUAUCCUGAUGAUGGCAUCGAUGGGGGCGCGGGAACGGACACAGGAGCAGUGGCAUCAACUGGUGGAAGGGACAGGGCUGGGUAUCAUCAAGAUACACACCUACACGGCUAGCCUCCAGGAUAGCAUUAUUGAGGCUGUGCUAGCCCCCAAGGCUAGCUAG